UCAUCAUCCUCUUCAUCACAGCUCCAUCCAGUUCCAUCACUGCCAUCAAAACCAUUUUCAGACAAGUAGAGAAGAGGAGAAUAAAGACAAACGACAGAAGAGAUUCUUUCAGUUUUGGAAGAGAAGACCAACAGAUACCCACCAUGUCUUUCAAAGUCAAGGAGAAGACAGAAGUGCGCCUGGUGUUUCUGGGAGCGGCUGGAGUGGGGAAGACGGCCCUCAUCCAACGCUUCCUCAAAGACACCUUUGAGCCCAAACACCGGCGCACAGUGGAGGAGCUCCACAGGAAGGAGUAUGAGGUGGGGGGCAUCAAAGUCACCAUCAACAUCAUAGACACCAGUGGCAGCUACUCCUUCCCAGCCAUGCGCAAGCUCUCCAUUCAGAACAGCGAUGCCUUCGCCCUGGUCUACGCCGUGGAUGAUCCUGAAUCCCUGGACGCAGUCAAGAGUCUGCGAGAGGAGAUCCUGGAGGUCAAAGAGGACAAGUACACGCCUAUUGUGGUGAUAGGCAACAAGAUUGACCGUCACAAUGAGCGCCAGGUGUCCAGCAAGGACGUGCUGUCCACAGUGGAGCUGGACUGGAACCACAGCUUCAUGGAGUCCUCGGCCAAAAACAACAUCAACGUGCUGGAGGCUUUCAAGGAGCUGCUCCUGCAGGCCAACCUGCCCAGUCGGCUCAGUCCGGCACUGUGCCGGAGACGGGAAACCUUCCCCAAGGAGAGCAACAAACGACCUCCUAUGAACAAGACCAACAGCUGCCUCAUCUCAUAAUGAUGUGGCGCUGCUCAGAGGGCAACAACACAAAAAGAGACUGAGAGAAGAUGAGAAAAAUCUGCACAAAAGAGAGCAAAAGAGCUUUGUUGGUGGGGAGCUGAUUGGACAGAAACAAACCAAGAGACAGUGUUAAAGACUCAAAAGAAACACUGAGUUAAUGAACUAUGUCCUCCUCAUCAGUCUUGUAAGCACUUCAGCCAACCCCACAGCAGCACUGGAGGCACAGAGAUGCUACAAUGAAGACAAACAUGUUGAAAACAGACACCACCUUGAAGACCCAAAAGAAUGUGGCUGGACUGCUUGAACAGUGCCAAAAUGAAUUGCUGCAACACACUACUUAGUCUGAAUGUCAAAAAUGAUGCAGUAAUAAACAGUGACAGUGUAGAAACAGUAUCAUGUAUCAUAAGCUCAGUUUUCACUCAAAUCUCAGUGUAUGUGAUGUUUCAUUUUGGGGUUUCGUGUUACUGGUGUUUUAAAAAAGUGCAAUAACUGUGAAGUCAUGGGUAUUUAUGCAAAAGUCUGUUUGUGUCUUUGUAUCUUUGUAUGAUGGCUUUAUGACUCAAGUGAACAACAGAAGAACUUCACCUUGAAACUGUUUAUAUUUUUGAUAGUGACACAUUAGGCAUUAUGUUGUAUAAUCUUGUGUAGCCUGUUCUGCAGCUCUGAACUGCUGCUUUGCAUAACCUCAGUAUGCAUGUGUAAAUUAUUAUUUUGAAUAACACAAUGUAGAUUUACUGUUGUUUCUCUCUUUGUCUGACUAAUUAAUGAUUUUUCAGUGGGAGUUUUCCUUAUUGUAUAACUGACGGUUUAUACUGGUUAGUGGUGAAGUUAUCUUUUUGUCUGCGCCAAAUGUUUUCUAUUCACCAUGACACCAAAUCAAACCACUCUCUAUGAAUUAAUUAGCUGCUUUCACUGUUGGGAUGUUUCUUUAUGUCAAAGAACAGGCAGAGAUGUGGUGGUAAGAGUGGGGUAAGGCAUAGAUAUUAAAUAUUGUUUUUUUAGUUUCUUUUAAUAAUGGUAGUGAUGUGGAAAAUGACUUUGUUACAUGGGCUGACAGAAAACACCACUUUAAAAUCUCACUCGUCUGAGAAAAGUCUUUAAAAUUGUCUUUGAGUAGAGUUUAGGGACACAAUGUUCUUAUUUUAACCUUCUAUAAAUAAAAUGUGACUAUAUUACAUCUGACUUUUUAAAAUUCAUGUC